GCGCAAGACAACUGACGGGUCUUCCUGUUCACUCGUGGCUAGAGGACGUUGGUGUCACACAGGAGAGCGGCUUUUGUGGUACUGUCGGUUUUCUGUAAAUCAAGAAAGUAAACAACAAACAACAUGUUUUCCCGCGCCGUCAGACCCACCGUCAACCUCGCCCGGAGCUUGUCCACCUCGGCCCAGAACAACGCUAAGGUGGCGGUGCUGGGAGCGUCGGGCGGCAUAGGCCAGCCACUCUCCCUGCUACUGAAGAAUAGCCCCCUGGUGAGUCACCUCUCUCUGUAUGAUAUCGCUCACACACCCGGGGUGGCUGCAGAUCUCAGCCACAUCGAGACAAAAGCCCAGGUAACCGGCCAUAUCGGUCCCGACCAGCUGGAUGCUGCCCUUCGGGGUUGUGACGUCGUGGUCAUUCCAGCCGGUGUGCCCAGAAAACCCGGCAUGACCCGCGAUGACCUCUUCAACACCAACGCCACAAUUGUAGCCACCUUGGCCGAUGCCUGCGCCCGCUUCUGCCCCGAAGCUAUGGUCUGUGUUAUCGCCAACCCUGUCAACUCCACCAUCCCCAUUCUGUCAGAGAUCAUGAAGAAGCAUGGCGUGUACAACCCGAAUAAAGUGUUUGGUGUCACAACCUUGGACAUUGUCAGAGCAAACACGUUUGUGGCAGAGCUCAAAGGCCUUGACCCAGCUCGUGUCAAUGUGCCAGUCAUUGGAGGUCAUGCUGGGAAGACCAUCAUCCCCCUGAUCUCCCAGUGCACACCCAAGGUCGAGUUCCCUGCUGACCAGCUGGCCACACUGACUGGCAGAAUCCAGGAGGCGGGCACAGAGGUAGUGAAGGCCAAGGCUGGAGCUGGAUCUGCAACCCUCUCCAUGGCUUAUGCUGGUGCCCGCUUCACCUUCUCCGUCCUGGAUGCCAUGAAUGGAAAGGAAGGUGUUGUAGAGUGUGCUUUUGUCAGAUCUGAGGAGACAGAAAGCAAGUACUUCUCCACACCACUACUCCUGGGGAAGAAUGGCAUUGAGAAGAACCUUGGUCUGGGCAAGCUGACCGCCUUUGAGGAGAAGCUGGUGGCUGAAGCCAUGGAUGAGCUGAAGGCUUCAAUCAAGAAGGGCGAGGAUUUUGCAGCCAAAAUGAAGUGAACAGGAGACAUUUAGUCAGUUGAAAAUCCAAUGUUGGCUGUAAAUGUUAAUUUGACCCGUCUUAAUUUAAAAGGCAUCUGGUAAAUCUCAAGGUCUGUCAACAGUGUUUCCUCUCUUUUUGUUUUGGUUUUAGCAUCAGGAUCAUCUGUAUUUCACAUUAUUUGUGUACAUACUAUACAACGGUUUAUCUAUAUUAUACAAAAUGUCAAAUUUAAUCAAAAUCUUUAUUUUCAUGGAUAGUCUGUAUUUAUGUGGAUUUCUCCGCUGAAUGUAAUGAGGAGGAAAUACUGUCAUCAUGCCCACUGAUGUUACUGAUAAGCAAAAUGUCCACUCCACCAAUAAAACAGUUUGCUUUAAAAAUAAA